GUGCGGAACUCCAGGCCCGAGAGCCAGGCGCCCGUCAGGAUGGUGGACAGCGUGUACCGUACCCGCUCCCUGGGGGUGGCGGCCGAAGGGCUCCCGGACCAGUAUGCGGAUGGGGAGGCCGCACGUGUGUGGCAGCUGUACAUCGGGGACACCCGCAGCCGCACCGCGGAGUACAAGGCGUGGCUGCUUGGGCUGCUCCGGCAGCACGGUUGCCACAGGGUGCUGGACGUGGCCUGUGGCACAGGAGUGGACUCUAUCAUGCUGGUGGAAGAGGGCUUCACUGUGACAAGUGUGGAUGCCAGUGACAAGAUGCUGAAGUACGCUCUCAAGGAGCGCUGGAACCGGAGGAAGGAGCCUGCCUUCGACAAGUGGGUCAUUGAAGAAGCCAACUGGUUGACUCUGGACAAGGAUGUGCCAGCAGGAGAUGGCUUUGAUGCUGUCAUCUGCCUCGGGAACAGUUUUGCUCACUUGCCAGACUGCAAAGGUGAUCAGAGUGAGCACCGGCUGGCGCUACGGAACAUUGCAAGCAUGGUGCGGCCUGGGGGCCUGCUGGUCAUCGACCACCGCAACUACGACCACAUCCUCAGCACGGGCUGUGCGCCCCCAGGGAAGAACAUUUACUACAAGAGUGACCUGACCAAGGACAUCACGACAUCAGUGCUGGCAGUAAACAACAAAGCCCACAUGGUAACCCUGGACUACACCGUGCAGGUGCCAGGCGCUGGCAGAGAUGGCUCUCCUGGCUUCAGUAAGUUCCGGCUCUCUUACUACCCACACUGUUUGGCGUCCUUCACGGAGUUGCUCCAAGCAGCCUUUGGGGGCAAGUGCCAGCACAGCGUCCUGGGUGACUUCAAGCCUUACAAGCCUGGCCAGGCCUACAUUCCCUGCUAUUUCAUCCACGUGCUCAAGAAGACAGGCUGAAAGUGGCUUUGGCCUCCACAAGCUCCCUGCCCAGGCAGUGGCAGCCUCCGGGGUAGGAGUAAUCCACGUACCUACUGUACGACCAUCCCCUCCCUAUCCCAGAUACUGCA